ACAACUAUGCAUCGGUUAAUUUUUUCUUUACAACCUGCUCUGCGCAGAACCUCACAUUUACUGAAUCGUACACCAUGGACUCCCGGUGCUCAAGCAUAUAGGUGCUUAUCCCAGUCUUCCAACAACGACCAACAUGCAGAUGUGGUGAUUAUAGGGGGCGGGGUGAUCGGUACUAGCACAGCCUAUCAUCUCGCCAAGAGGGGCGUGCCUCAGGUUGUCUUACUGGAGAAGAGUGAACUCACGGCCGGGUCCACCUGGCACGCGGCGGGACUGAUAGCCUAUUUUAACCCUGGAAUAAACGUGAAGAGAGUGCAUUAUGACAGCCUGCAGUUGUAUGCCAAGCUACCGGAAGAAACCGAACAGGAAAUUGGACUUCAUGUUCCCGGAAGUAUCCGGUUAGCCACUACGCCUGAGCGUGUAGACGAGUUCCGGUAUCAGAUGCAGAGACAAGGCUGGCAUUCGGCUGCUCAACGAAUCAUCGGCCCAGAUGAAAUCAAGCAGCUACACCCACUGUUGAACACGGAGAACAUUCUGGCCGGCCUGUACAACGAAGGAGAUGGCUACGUGGACCCGUACUCUCUGACACACGCCCUAGCGAUCGGGGCGAGGAAACAUGGCGCUAAACUGCUUACCAACACGGGGGUUAACAGCAUGAAUCUGAGAGAGGACGGGCAGUGGGACAUCGAGACGACCAAGGGGCUGAUCAGGGCCAAGCAAGUUCUGAACGCUGCUGGGUUUUGGGGCCGAGAGGUUGCGCAGUUAGCCGGUAUAGACGUACCGCUAGUUCCGGUUCAUCACACAUACGUGGUGACGUCAGAAAUACCGGAAGUGGUCGCUCUGACCAAAGAGACUCCCGUUAUCCGGGACCUAGAGUCCUCGUGCUAUCUCCGACAGGAGAGGAACGGUCUGCUGUUGGGACCAUACGAGAGUCAGGACAAAAUGAAACUCAGGGACGACUGGUAUGACCAAGGUGUUCCGCCAGGUUUUGGUAAAGAACUGUUCGAGGAGGAUCUUGAUGCGUUAAACGACUACCUAGUACAAGUGAUGGAAACGAUACCAGUCAUGAAGGAAGCGAGCAUUAAAAACGCCAUCUGCGGGCCCAUUACGUAUAGUCCAGACGGUUUGCCGAUCGUCGGGCCUCACCAAGGGGCAGCUAACUACUGGGUGGCUUUAGGAUUUGGAUACGGCAUCGUCCACGCUGGCGGUAUUGGAAAAUACCUGGCUGAUUGGAUGGUGAAUGGUGAGCCUCCCUAUGAUCUGAUCGAGUUGGACCACUCCCGAUACGGUUGGUGGACAGACAGAUCUUACACAUUGGCCAAAGCCCGGGAGACGUACAGUAUGAACAACGCUGUAAUGUAUCCCAAAGAGGAGCGUCCAGCCGGGAGGGCCACAAGGCGACAGAGCGGUGUUUACGAAGUACUCCAGGACCAGGGCGCUCAAUUUGGCUUCAGAACAGGCUGGGAACAGCCUAACUGGUUUGCACUUCCGGGAGAUGACCCAGGAUACAACCCCAGCUUUUACAGAACCAACUGGUUUGAGCCGGUUCGUCGCGAGGUUACCAUGGUGAGGGAGCACGUGGGAGUGAUUGAUCUGACACCUGCCGGAAAGUUCCGUAUUACAGGACAAGAUGCGCAACAGCUUUUGAAUUACGUCUACAGUAACGUCCUACCAGAGGUGGAUGACUACAAGACGUGCUAUAUACUCACCAACAAAGGGAAGGUCUAUGCUGAGAACUUGCUUGCACGCCAGGGUCAAGAUGAGUUUUUCUGCGUCACUGGGCCCCUGUCUGAACUCCAUGAUUUGAGAAUAUUGGAGACGAUUGCUCGAGAGAAGAACUUAGAUGUUCAGAUCACGAAUCGGUCGGACACACUUGGCUGUCUAGGAUUAGCUGGUCCAAUGGCAGCUGACGUCCUGUCACAUGUAGCCAAUGAACAGUUGGCAAUGCGCUGCUUCUCUUUCAGUGUCACAGAUCGUCCAGUAUUAGCGGUGAACGUCUCAUUAACUGGAGAGUCGGGUUGGGAAUUGUAUACAGAGACAGAUAGCAUGGCGGCCUUGUACAAAGCUUUGAUGGAAGCUGGGAAGAAACACCAUAUAGGAAACUUCGGGUCCUAUGCCUACAAUACACUGAGGAUAGAGAGUGGUAUACCAGCCUGGGGAUCAGAUAUGAAGAUGGAUUACAAUGUUCUGGAAAGCAGACUUGAGAGCAAAAUUGAGGACAACAAGGACUGUGAUUUUCUUGGCAAGUCCGCCAUUCAGGAACUGAAGAAGUCUCCUGUUUCUCAGAGCCUGGUGUUGUUGUCCAUGAAAACAGAGGAUGUCGACCCAGAAGGCAACGAAACUAUCUGGUCUGGAGAACAGGUGAUUGGACAUACCACAUCCGGUUGCCAUGGGUACACUGUUGGAAAGAGCCUCGCUUUCGCAUAUGUCUCGUGCAGUCAUUCGUCACCAGAAUCAGAAGUUACUGUUGAAUUACUGGGUAAAAAGUACCCGGCUGUAGUUCUACCUGGGUCACCACUAUCAUCUAAAUCCGCCAGAAGUUAAACAGGUGUAGGGACCCUGUACAUUUCCAUUGCUCAGUGUUUUAAAAAUCAGAAUGUUCUAAACUUUUUACAAAUUUUAUAUUAAAAUUAUAAUAUACAAGGUGUUUUUUUGUACACAGUAUGGGUGAUAUGGGUAUGUAAAUCCUUGUAACAUACAUGAAUACUCACUUUGAUAAAAAUUUACCUUCACCUCUCAGCGUUUUCUUAUACUAUUUCUUUCCAAUAUUGAAUUACUGAUAAAUACUCGUUUUGUAAGCUCAUUUUUAAAUUUUUUUCUCUUGCCCUGUAUUUAUGUGUUGUUAAAUUCAUCUGACCGUUU